AUGGAAGACAUUGUCAAGGUAACAAGACGAGCCUGCCACCUGAUAGGCGCACACGAUAGGGAAGAAUGCUGCCCAUGGAGCAUCGAGUCAUGUCGGAAAGCCAUGCGCGGCGAAGCCGUCCCCCAGGAGCUCGAAUGCGACGUCACUCGUCUCUGUAUCAUCAGUGGCAUCAGGCAUCAUCGCAACUAUGCGCACGAGCUCCGAGCAACUGGAGACGCUCUGUUCGCCCGAGCCCUAAAUGCUCGCCAAAUCAUGAGCGGCAUUACUCCAGUAGACAUGUCCGAUCCGGACCAUCUCCCAUACUGCAUCUGGUACCCCGAAGUGGCCUCCGAAUCUGCCUGUCGCGAGCUUGCUCAAGCCUUUCCGCAACUCAAGUAUAACAUUGGUCGGGCUUGCGCGGUGGCUGGCUACCACCAGCUUUUAGCGGAGCUGGAUCUCUUACCUGAUAUCUCCAUUGCCGAGGAGGCCAGAGACAACAUCACUCGCAACCCAGGUUGCAAGCACAUCUUCGACCACAUCAUUAAUCAGCGCCGGCGGUGGCUUGUUAUGGACGACUAUACGAGGACAGUGAGGAAAGUCCCUCUGCUAGCAGCAUACGGCCUGAAUGGCGACACAGCUGUCAGAUCGUCGCUCGAGCGGCGCCGCGGACUCACAGACCCUUCUGAUCUCGAUGCGGGAACCUACAACGAGUUGGACGACGAUUUGUUUGCAAUCUACUUCAAUUUAACCGAAGACUUUGGCAUUGGCGAAAGAAGCUCCGACGAAUACGAUACCUAUGCACAAAACAGAGACAUGAACGAGUUGCUCUGGAUGCCUCUGCCGGAAGAUCUGCCUCCGGGGAACAAGGAUGUCUUGACAUUGAUGGCAGCAUGGUACGGUGAUGUGGAUCGCUACGCUCGCUUGCGCCGGCCGCACAACUUUCGCCUGGACCGAGAGGACAGUAUGAUUGUUCGUGGAAUCCAUCACAACAUCAUGUUUGCGAAAUGGUGGACCACGAGACCAGCUUCUGAACGCCUCAACUUCGAGAAAUCUAUCACCGCGCGAUACAUCAUGAGCGACGACUUGUCUCGAGUGCCCCUCAUGCCACAUGACGGUCCCGAAGAUGUUUUCCCCAAGGAUUUGCCAUACAACAUCUGGUUCCCACAACAAGCAAUGAUGUCGACAUAUCAGGAGCUUCUGCGACGACAGCCUGGCAUGAAACCAGCUGUCGCCAGGGCGUUCAUUGUCAUGAAUAGACAAGAUCAGUUGAUCGAACUUGAUUACCAGCCCGACGCGGGCCUCCUAGAAGAAGGGAGGAAUUCCCCGAAUCCCUUCUACGUCUUGCAUUUACUGGAGAAGAGCAGGCUGCUCGGGCUUCAUCCGUACGACCUCCCUCACCCAAUAGGAAUCGAUAGUUUCGCUCGCAACCUCUACGGUUUGCUGCAUCCGAAAAGCUUCGCAAGAAACCAACUUGUUCCAUUCCCAAGAGUUGACCAUCUCGAUUGGCUCGAACAGCCCAUCACAGGACGUUACAACGGCUAUGAAGCAGACGCGUCACGAGUUGAGCUGUUCGCUUGUGCACCUGAAGCACUGCGCCCACCGCCUUGCGUUGAGUGCCUGGACAUGUUCCGGCUCUAUGAUACGGCGAGCAAGGCUAAGGAACCAGGGAAGCCGCUGGCAAGUUAUUUGAGUGGUAAUAUGUACCAACUCCAUCAAUUACCCAGACAGAAGCCGGAUUGGGAUGAAAGCUUCGGCCGCCUUGUAGAGCUUCCGCCUGGCGUCAGGAAGCAAUCCUGA